CGUCGGAGCCACACGUGGGUAUUGUAUCAAUGCGGAUGCUGCAUCGGCUGCCGGCGGUAGGCUGCUCUCCGCGCGCCUUUUGCUCGCUGCUACCUCCACGUUGGCUCUCCACCUCGUCCUACUCUUCUUCUCCAACAUGCCGAGACCUCAAGAUGUUUAACGCACUCACAGGCCAGUGCGAGCCGUUCCCGCGAGAGACCUCCGCGACCCCAAAUGUCUUGAAAUGGUACGCGUGUGGCCCCACAGUGUACGACAGAGCGCAUCUGGGCCACGCUAGGGCCUACGUAAGUCAGGAUAUUCUACGUCGAGUGGCCGAACGCACAGGUGGCUACAACGUUCAGCUAGUUAUGGGCGUGACGGACGUGGACGACAAGAUCAUCAAGCGUGCGAAGGAGAAGAACGUGAGCUUCGAAACUCUCGCACGCGAACAGGAGCAGCAGUUCUUCGCCGAUAUGACUAAGCUCUACGUUAAGCCACCUACUGCAAUCACUAGAGUCAGUGAGCAUUUACCAGAGAUCAUUAAGUACAUCAAAGAGAUCCAGAACAAAGGCUUCGCUUACGAAGCUGUAGACGGCUCCGGCGUGUACUUUAACACGCAACAAUUAGGAGAUAAAUACGGCAAGUUAGACCCUAGAAGACAGACGCAACAGGAUGAACAACUGCUGGCAGCAGUCGAGCAGAGUGACGUGGUGGAAGAGGAGGAGAAGGUGAAGAAAGACCCGAGAGAUUUUGCCUUGUGGAAGGCCGCAAAAGAGCCUGACGAGCCGGCGUGGCCGUCGCCAUGGGGCAUGGGCAGACCUGGCUGGCAUAUCGAAUGCUCGGCCAUGACGCAUCAUGUUCUGGGCGACAAGCUCGACGUGCACACAGGCGGCGUGGAUCUUCGCUUCCCGCAUCAUAACAACGAGAUCGCGCAGUGCGAAGCGCACAACCAUCAGCAAUGUAACCAUGACGAGGAAUGGUGCAAACAUUUCGUGCACUUUGGCCACCUGUAUAUCCGCGGCCGGAAGAUGUCCAAGUCGCUUAAAAACUUCAUUUCGGUCCGAGAUUUCUUGCAAGACGGACAUACAGCGGACCAUUUCCGACUCUUCUGUCUCCAGUUUAAAUACCGUGCCAACUUGGUGUACUCAGAGGACCGUGUGCGGGACGCUGAAGCUGUGGCGGAUCGUCUAAGAGGAUUUUUCCGUAGUGUCACGGCAUACGGUGACCACGAGAUCUCCAGCAGUGGACAUACUCAGCAUAUCAAGUCCAAACGCUGCGAACAACUGGAUUUAGAGCUGCUGGACGCGCUAUUCGCGACGCGUGCGCAGGUCGACGCAGCUCUACUGGACGAUCUGGAUACACCGCGUGCUCUAUCGCUCGUGUUGGAGCUGGUAUCUCGUGGAAACACGUACUUGUUGGCAUCAAGGGGCGACACAGAAGCUCCCGAUGAGGUUCUGAUGUCAUUGACCGACUAUGUACUGGACGUGCUGGACCUCUUCGGCCUAGAAGGACUUCACGCUGAGUUUUCGACUAUGAUGCGUCGUCGGUUUACUUCUAGACACUCUGAAACGCAGCACAAGGUGGAGGAGAGUGAUGAACUUGUCAGUAGAGACGACCAUGAGGCUCUUCUCCGUUCUUUACUCAAAUUCCGAGCGUCUGUGCGAGAAGAAGCGCUGCGGGACCCCAAGCAACCAGGCAACGCUCGCGUGUUGUCCUUGUGUGAUGAUCUUCGCAACAAGGAGCUGCCUCAAUUAGGUAUCCAGGUAGAGGACCUGUCACCUGGACGCUCCGUGUUCAAACUACUGUCACGUACAGAGCGUAAGGCAGAGACUGAAGACACAAAGACGACAGCGACGCACACUCUCAAGCAGAAACAACAAGAGUUCGACGCUCUCAUGCAGAUCUCUCCUUCCGAAUUCUUCAAGAACGCACCAGAGUUCACUGGCCGGUUCAACACGUUCGAUGCUGACGGAUUCCCUACACACGAACACGGUGAGCCUCUAACCAAGAGCCAACGCAAGAAACUCGCCAAGAAACUGGCCAAACACGAGAAAUCUUAUGCCAAAUACUGGCAAACUAGAAAGGAAGUGCAGUAGACGAAUAUACAGGCUUAGCAGGCAAUGGCUGGCGACUCGGCAUCGACGUACUUGACUGCAGUGCUUUGUAUCGGCACGUGCGACGGCUUCUUGGAGCGGACGUACGAGUACCCAAAGCGUUGGCUCUUACGACGGUGACGGAUCAAGACGACGGUAGCAACUACAGCACCACAGACGGCUGCGAAGAGCAGAGCGCUGACUGGUAAAUUGUUGGACGCGUACUCGUACGCGACCAUGACAGCCGACUUGGCUGCACUGUCGAAGCAGAUUGUAUCAUUAUACAUGAGUGUGUUGACGCCACGAGCUUGUAGGAUGACCAUCAUGCAGUCGUCCUGACUAAACUUGCCACUGGUGUCUGCCACGCGGUAUCGCACGUGGGUCAUAGUCUCAGUGUCUGUAGCGAUAUCUUGCAGCUCUACUGCGUCGUAUUUUACAUGGAGAGAGUGAGUAGCCAGGAAGGAAGCGGGGGCAGCGUCGGCGAUCGUGCGUUCGAUCGCCUUGCCCACUUGUCCUCGCUGUCGAGGUAGGUCUAAGUGUUCCAGUAGAUCACACUGCAUUUCUUCCUCGUC